AACUCUCAAAAGAUUCGCUAUACCAUACGAUCUGCAUCUUGGGCAUGAAACAUCACGUGAUAUUUUUUAUCACGUUUUACUUCCAUUUUGUAUGUGUAUAAAUCGUUUAACGCUACAUUUGAAGCGACUUAUCAUUUUCCCGCAAUCGCAAACGCCGUCCGGAUUUAUCAAACGGAUUUCCAGACGUGCCCGAAGACUCGCUUUUGACGUUACAGACGCUGCUGGCAACAUAAGCGCUUAAAACUGCGUACAAGCACCUGCGUUCAACGCACCGGUCAGCACCGGCGGUACCGGUCCAUCAUAAUUUCAAUCUUGCAUCUUGCGUUAUAUGGCACGAAAAUUACUGUGUUGGCGCACGCUCGAAAAUAAUACACAGCGAAAUCGUGCCCAAGCAAAUAUUUCGAACCGGCUUGGAAUUAUGAAACUUCUUACUUUGCCUGAAAUUUUCGAUGAACGAAAGAUACCUGUUCGUGUUCAAAAUGUAUAAAAAUGAUGUUAAAGAAGAAUCUCGAUUUGCAUCUCGGAUCUCGAAACGAUUCGCGUGCACGAGGAAAUAGCCGUGUAUCAAGAGUACUUUUAUGAUUACCUUUACUCAGUUAUCUCGACAUUCGCCGUAUACCUGGAAGCUGCAGCCGCCGGUAUUGGUUUUAAAAUUCCUCAAUGACUCACGGAUUUCACGAUUAAGCAACACGAUUGGUCGCAGAUUACUCACCGGUUUUAAACAUUACCCUUCUCCCAGUAAGCGACGAGGCGAUCAACGUCGCCGUCGGUCGUUUGUUCAGGCUUAGAAAAUCACCAGAAAUAGAAGUAUAGAUCCAGAUGACGCGAUGACGCUGCAUUGGUGGAUGCACUGGUUCUGGGUUACCGCGCAAUUUCUUGUGAUUCUCGGGAGUCCUUUGCCGUCUACCACAUCGGACCCCAUCAACCAGUCCCAACCGUCCCCAAGGGCAACGUCCUCGUCGAUCGAGAUCGGAGAUUAUCAUACGUCGAAGUCAAUCAGGCCGACUUUUCGCAUCGCCAAGGCUAUCGGUCUUUAUCCACAGACGAAUACAGCCGUGGUGCCCGAUAGACAGCAAUCCGUCACCACUGUUGCCUCGUUGCUGCUGGAACGUGCAGGUACCGUCUCUGAAAGCGUCCACGAGACAGUUGAGCUGAAUUUCCGCGGUAAUAUCUCCAACGUCGAGCCGCUGAGCACGACGACGCCGCAGCGCGCCGCGGAGAACGUCGAGAGAAUUAGGAACUCGACCGCGAAGAAAGAAAGCAAGAUCACGUGGAUCCUGACGACGAACAAGUCGUCGGGUAAACCGAAGUACGAUCAGGAAGAGAGAAACCAAUCCAGCGUCGCCAGCAGGAACGUCAGCUUCGAAGUCGAGGAUCUCACCGUGCUACCUCUUCAAGAAGAAAUGUCGAAGGUCGAUCUGACGCUGAAUAGGUCUUCCUUCGUUACGUCCUUGUCCGCGGUCGGGGCUGCUAGCAAUGCCGCGAUCAGGACGUUUAAUCGAUCUGAAGACGAGGUCGAGAUCGACGAGGAGGUGGCUCAGACGCAGCACUUCGCUACAGCGGCGUCUAUCCUCGAAGUUGGCGUGAGCGAGUCCACUCGUCUGAGUAGAGCGAGGAACACUUUCAUCACGCAGCACUUCCAGCGAGAUCAAGUGCAAGGUGACAAUCAGCCCCCCGACUAUAACGACACCGGUAAUAACAGCGAAAAUAUUGAGCAAGGCUCGGCGACAUCCGUCGCGGGUAUAGCCGCUAUUACAGGCAGUUGUUUGGCGACUGUGGCUCUGCUCAGUACAAUGGGUAGUCUUGGAUUCAUUAUAUACAGGCGCAAGUACUUGAAUCCUCCGCAGACGUUGAACAGUGAUAAAUGCAGCAAUCCCGAUAGUUCCGGUUACAUCGAUGAUUCCACUAUUCGCGAUAACUCAGAGGAAAUGUACAGUUUGGAUAACGACUCGUUCCUAAAUUCGCUGGAGGCGAUGACAAUACAGAAUUACUGGACGGACAGUGUAAAGCAUACGAAGCUAUGACAAAAAAAGAUAACCCAUCCUGGAAAGAGAAUCGAGACGUUCAACAUUUCCGAUGGUGAAGCACACGAGCAAGUUUCUCUGCUUGAGCAAUAGUACUUACACGUCCGAGACAGAGCUGUAUUCUAAGCAGGAAGCUUCGUUGCCCGAUGUUGUUUCCAGAGGCGAUGAGAACGUUCGCAGCGUUUGUACGAGAGUUGUUAAUCAGUUCUGACGGGCUGCAUCGAACGUUAGUUACCUUGGGACGUUAUUACUUUGUACGACGUAAAAAAAUUAUAGAUCAAAAUUACGCGAGACGACGCGUAUCUGUAAACGUCAUUUCGCGACGUGUUGAUUUACGUCACUUCCAUCGUACCUAUAUUUUUCUACGACGCAUGCGACGGACAAAGUCGCGCUUGAGCGGGAAGUGCGGAAUUAUUCUCGAAUAUUUCCAUUAACAACAUAGUGCAAUAAUGAAAUGAAAAUCGAUGUACUUUAUUAUUAAAUUAAUAUAAUAACAUUAUUCUAGAAAAGUAAGAGUACAAAUAAGGCUAUAUUAGUCCAUAGCUAGAGCAUUUGCUAAAGCAACUAAAAGAAGAAUUAAUUUAAAGAGGAUAUUGAAGUAAUAUCUCUAUAAGAGUAUUUAUAUAGUACAAUGCUUCCAAUAAUACGAAUUGGAAACUCUUACGUACAAUGUUGUACUUACUAAUGGUUUUAACCUUGGAUUUGAGUGCCGAUGUCUUCUAUAGUUUCAUUUUGAAAUUACAUUACAAUUAUGGUAAUUAGCUCGGUCAUAUUGACAGUUGCUUAACCAUCAGAUAGCUUAAAUAUUUUCGAAGAUUGGAUUUACGGAAGAUCGGACCAAAUCAUACGUAGAUCUAGCUUUACGCCUUUAUGACAUAUCCAGCAGAAAUAUUGAUUCGUGUUUUCCAUUUACGAAAAAUCUAGCUUGUACCUAUGUACAUGUACAUACUAUUGUAACGUUUUACGUAUAGAUGUGCAAAUCUGCCGUCGCGUCAAGUGAGGCGCGAUUAAUUUUAAGUAGCGUCAACAUUUACCCCCAGAUAUAUUUCUAUACAUCCCAAAUGGGGGAGAGGGGGGGAAAGACAGAGAAUCCAUUGUGAUAGAUCGUAGCGUUUAAUAUGUGUAAAAUUAUCUUUGGCUCGUUUAUGGUAACGGUUGUGAAUAAACACAUUCAUGUAUUAUACACAUUCCUGCCGUCCCUGUCCCUUGUCCGUGAUCUUUAAUUCUCAACGUUAUCCAAUUGUUUUGAUUUAAAUUACCAAUUGGACAGACACCUGAAUUUUUACCUUGAUUUUAGAUUUACAAUAUUUCACAAUAGAGCGUGUGUAAUAUAAUCUCUGUUCCAAAAGUUUAUUUAAAUAAAAGCACUAAAUCUAAUAAAUUAAAAA